AUGGCGCGAAGUGGAUCCGAAUCACUAUUUAAAAAGAACACAAAAUUAGAAAGUUAUUUGAAGCGAAAUCUCACAGACGAAGCUUUUGAGCGUGUACGAGCAUACGAAUCAUGUAUAGUUGUUUCCGAAAAAGAAAACAAAGCGUUCAAAUAUGUGAUCCUGGGUGAUGAAUCCAUAUAUCUUACAGAAAACCCCCCUAAAAAUCUUCAGGAAAGUGUGCACUUAAAAGAUAUCGUCGCCGUUGAAUUGGUAAAUGAUUUCCCAGAAUUCCUCAGUGGAGAAGAAAGAGAGAAUACUCAACAUUUGGCCGUAACAUUUUGGACAACCGAAGGUGGUAAAAGGAGAUCUUUAAGAAAGGGACGCAAAUCUCCACGAUUAGGUUCUGUAUCAGAUCUCCAUGGCGAUCGGUCAAAUGCAUCAACACCCCUUGGUUAUAUUUCCUCACAGGAAAGUACAAACUGGUCAGAAGACUAUGGCUAUGCAACUCAGAGCAUGUCGAGUUUGCAAGUCAGUCGUCCAGACAGCCGUGGGUCCGUUGGAUCAAACGGUAAACCGAGUGGUAUCAAGAAGAAAAAGAAUCGUUUAGUGCUAGGUGACAGUAAUGAUGAAACACUGCUGAAAUCUCUCAAGGAAGAAAUGGAGGAGGAGGAUUUAGAAGACAUCGAAGAAAACAAUGGUCUAUCCAACUCCUUUUCCUCCUCCCUACAGCGGACAUCUUCCAAUAAAAAGCGAGAAUUACCUGAUCCUACGAAUACAAAAAAUGUAUUUACGAAUAGGGAUAGUGACCAGUCUAGUCAAAGAGGAGUCGGUGGAGAGAAUUUAAGUCUGUCUGGGUCAGUAAGAUCUAAUCGCCCCCUCCCACAGAUGGUCCCUAAAACUGCUUUUGAAAAUCUUACCUCCCCACCAUCUCAAACUAUAAUAAACGGUACUAAUGAGGAAAAAUCAGCUGUUAAUAUAGGUGAAGACCAUAGUAACGAUACAAGGGUUAUUGGCACUGUGGAAGUUGAUGAUGAAAAGCCAACUUUCUGUUGCUCAACACUUAACUGUUUCAAAAACAAAAAAAAUCUUAUUUUUCCAUUCUGUAGUAAAAAAGAUACAGCACUUGAAGAAAGUGUAAAAAGUGCUAAUAUGCUGGACAGUAAAGAAGUUCAAUAUCCUGAAAAAAUCCCCCUUCCUGAUAUUACACUGGAUACUAGUUCGCAGGAGAUUUCGGCUUUAGGGUCAAAGGGUCAAAGGGGUUCUGUUCCAUCCUUGCAUGAAGCCACCCGUUCCCGUCGUUCCUCUAUCACCAGUAACCUGCGACCUCCGUCGCGGUCCGGUACACCUGCACUGGAAAGCGAGCCAACCUUCACUAGAAGUGUCAGGCUGUUUCACAGAGAUUCCACAUAUCUUGGCAAUUUAGCAAAUGCAUCAUAUUCUGAUUUGGGAGGUUCUGUUAAUGGACUCUCUGCUGUGGGAUUGGAAAUUCCUGAAAAGCGAAAGACAGUUCUAAAUAUUUAUUUGCUGAAUCUACAUUCACCCAUGUUAAUGCUCAUCCGAAGUGCCUGGAGUAACUACCUUAUUCGCCUCACAAUGAUGCAAGAUUCUGAGUAUGAGAAAGUUUUUAAAUCCAGUGUUGUACGAGGUCCCCAUAAUCAGAGACUUUCCACUAGUGUAACAAGCUAUAGGGAAAAGAUGGAGAUGCUCUUUAGCCAGCUCAAAAGAGAAUUGCUCAACCAAGAAAACACUAUGGAGGAUACAUUUAAAUUGUUAAAUGAAUUAAGGGUGGCAACUGAACGUAACUUUGCCCUCAAGAAAAUGUUCUGGAAAAACUCGGACAUGUUUUUAUUCCUGGUGAGACAACUACAGAGAUACUUACCCAAAUCUCCCAUCAACAUACAAACCGACCACGGCAAGCUUCAGAGAGUCGACGAGUUUGAACUUGUGAUACUGCUGACAGAAAUGCUUAGUUUGAUGUUCCGAGAGUCAGAAAUCAUCCCUGCUCGCAUCCAGACACUCAAGGCAGAGAGAGGGAAGUAUGUGCUAGACCUACUGAUGGUGCUGACAUGUUCACCAGAGAUUCCUAACAAAUUCUCGGUACCUUCACGGAGCACCAUGUCUGUUGGAGGCUCAUUCAAAGGGGGUGACAGCAUGAGUAUGGAUGUGGAUGCAGAGAUUGAGAAGCAAUUAGUACAGUUUACAAAAACAGGACUUGCCUCAGUCUAUGAACUUUUCCUGAUGGCGAAACAGGCUAACUGGGGAUACAGCGAGGGUAAUUUCUUCAACAUUGGCUGGAUGGUUAAAGUGCUGGAGGAGAUUCGUACAACGGAGAAGUUUGUGGAUCGAGUUAUCCAGCAGAUGUUGAAACUGCUAGGACCUGGUCGCCGUGAACCUCUUGAUCCCUCGGAAGGUGUUCUCCUGUACACCCAGUUUUCUGUGCUACAAACAUUCUUGCAGUACAGCCCACGCAUAGCCGCAUUCAUACGCAGCAACUACAUGGAGGAAUUUAAAUAUUUUGUCCAAAUACCUGCCGUUGCUAAGAAGCUGCCUGUAAAUUACCCGAUCAGCGUGAUAAUCAUGCCUUUGAUAGAAGCAGUGAUGUUGAAGGUUCUUGAGAAACCCACCGUUGCCUUCCCCAAGUCGCCUAGGGAGUAA